AUGGCACCUUUCAAGGACAGCAUCAUCCAGAACCAAGCCACGGACUUAGAAAAGGGGGAAUCUGACAGAACAGCAGCGCACCUUGAUGUCGUUCACCUCCAGAGCAGCGCCGUGCCCUGCCCAGAGCUGCCGCCGGCCUUCGCGGGGGCUCCCGUCUGUGCCCGCCCCUGGGCCCACUCGACGUCAGCGGCGGCAAAGGUUGCCCCGGAGACGUGGCUCGACGCCGUCUGGACCGCCGCGGGACUCCUGGACGACGACGAGGCACCGGGCAGCAGCAGCAGCACCGCCGCCGGCGAGAGGAGGCGGGGGAACGUUUGGUCCGCCUCGGCCCGCCCCCUCCAGCCUCCUCCUUCUCCUCCUCCGGCUGCUGCGCUCGCAGCUUCGCACUCUCCGUCGGGGAGCGGGCCAGAUCAGUUCUGCAAUUUGGGCAUCUCCCUCCAAGACGAUGGAGGGUCUGGAGACCAGCUCUCCACGCAGCUCUACAGGAACAAACAGCUUCAAGACACCCUCUUGCAGAAGGAGGAAGAGCUGGCCAGGUUGCAGGAGGAGAACAGUCACCUCAGGCAGUUCCUGAACUCUGCUCUGGUCAAGCAAUUAGAGGAGGAAACCAAGAAGCUGCUGCGGCAGAGUGGCCAGAAACCUCGCAGCCCUCUUCAAAGUGGCAAGCGGAGGCUGAGAACAGAAGGCCUUCCCCUUCCUCGCGAGUCGUCCCACCCGCAGAAGGCCAGGCGGAACCUCCUGGGAUCUUUCUCUGCCUGCGAAGAGCCACGCGACCCCCAUGUGGACACCUGGGUCCUGCGGACGCUGGGCCUCAAAGACCUUGACACGAUUGACGAGUCGCCUGCUUCAGCUAACUACAGUGCCUUGACCCCAGAUGCUCCUCUGGGCUCUUUCAUUGGGGACCCACCCGAGGCAACAAACUUUGGGUGCAAUGAGAGCCAGCCAGCUGUUUACAGGUGUGCCACUUUUCCGUCCGCGGACAGGACGAGCGGCGCGGGAGAAGAGCCUUUGGGCCACGCACCCGACCUGCCGUGCCAUUUCUUACUGCCUGAGAAUAACUACCCUCCGCUGCCUUGUGGGCUGCCCUGCUGCUCGGACGCCUCUCCCACCCCAACGGAGGUGGCUUUCACCACCUCCUUGAGCCCCCACUGCAACGUCAAAACGCACACCUUCCGCCAGGGACAGGCUUUCGUGCGCCGGGACGAGGAUGGAGGGUGGAAGCUGACUUGGGUACCCAAGCAGCCUGAGUGAAGGAGCUCUUCCCUGUCAUCCCCCAACCCAAAACCCACCUCAGCACUGCCAGGAAAACAAUGUGUGUUUACAG